AUGUCCUUUCUCUCAUCGCAAUAUCAACCCUCCAAUGGAGAUCAAUCAUCAUCGAAUAGGAAUCAAUCCCUCUCGGUGUUUCAGCCAACGUUUUUUGAAAUUAUGACUGCUCAAAGGAUGAUAUCUGGAUUGAAGUCUGCACUCCGAUAUGUGCUAGUGAUGGCAGCACAACGCAAUUUUAGAUAUUUACAUUUUGUUUCUUAUUAUGAUGAAUACUUUGCAAUGUUGCAAACAAUGAUUGAGAGACAUUUUUUGUACAAUUUUGAUUCAUCAUUUGCGGAACACUUAUUCGGAUUGAAGCGAAUUGAUUCUAAACAAUUUACAGUAUCAGAGAUGAAUCAACAUCAAGGAAAAACAAGUUUUUUGACAAACAAGCAAAGAAAUGAAAGCUUGCUGUGUUUAGUUUUAAUUCCAUAUCUGAAAGACAAGUUGGAAAAUUAUUAUAUUGAUUUAAAGAGAGAUGAUAUCCUCUCUUCAAGCGAAGGCAUCGAUAAUGACAGUUUGGUAGUGCCCUAUGAGACGCCAAGUGCUUCCAAUCGAUCAAAUUCAAACACUUGGAAAAUUAUCAAAAGAUACUUUGUAAAAUUAUGGCCCUAUAUUAGCACCAUUUAUGAGGGCUCUCAUUUUGUCUUCAUGUUUUUAUACCUUUUGAAGAGCAAUUUUAAAUAUCAUAAUCCUUUCAUGUACUUAAUUGGAUUAUGUUUGAAAAGAACGUCUCCUAACGAGCAUUUACAACACAUGAAAUUAAUGUACACAAAAAGAAAUAAUUUAGUCAAUAGUUUCAAGCAGCGCGGCGGCAUAAUUUUCGGCUCACUAUUAGGAUAUAUUGUGAAUAUCUUGUAUUCUCUUUCUGACUAUUCGACCCAUUUAUUACUUGCAAUUGCAUUUUUAUUUAAAUUUUUUGAAUGGUACUUUAGCAACGAAUCAUCUCUAGUACCGAAAGGCAACAUUGUCAUUCCUUCUCCCCCUGAGCAACCUGAGAGAGCCGUGGGUGGGUUAGAAGUACCAACGAAUCCAAGACAUUGUCCAAUCUGCAAGAAGGAGAGAAGAAAUUCCACACUUUUAACAGUCUCAGGUUUUGUGUUUUGCUACAAGUGUAUUCAGAGCCAUCUACAAACACACCAAAAAUGUCCAAUCACACACAUUGCAUGCACUAGCUCACAUUUGGUGAAAAUAUUUGAAAAUUAA